AUGUCCUCAGCGUUCCGGACCUGGGCGAGCCGCUUCAACCCGCAAGCGGGGCGUCUGUCGCACGGCCGGCGGGAACACCGGCUCCUUCGAGGAGUUGUGGAACGCGAGCUGCACAGGGAGGCGAUCUCGCACGUGCUCCCGUCGGGCCACGCCGCCUGCCGCAUCCGCCCCAACUACUGCGACCCGGCCAGCUCGUCCAUACGGGUGAGUCACGCGCCGGACGGGGGCGAGCGGAGCUGGAUCCUCCUCUGCAGCGGCAAGGAGGUCGCAAAGAUGGAGUCGGGAGGCUCGAGCGAGGCGCGCAGCUUCACCGCCAUUGCCUCCCCCGGCGCGGGGUGCGAGCUCCUCAUGCGCGACUCCUACGGCGAUGGCUGGAACGGAGCCACGUGGACCGGCCUCGGGCAGGUCAUCACCUUCCCGCAGCCAAACGACGCGCUCACGCAGAGCCGUGGCUGGUCUCGCCCAGGCCAGUUCAGAGCCGUCUCCUUCACAGGCGCCGGAUCCGACUUCUCGCGUUGCGUGGGCUCGCCGGAGCUGCACCUGCGGCGAGCAGACCUGCGCGGGCUCGACCUGCGCCUCUCCACCUUCACCGGUGUCGACCUAAGCGGCGCCAAACUCGACGGCGCCCUCCUGGGGGAGGCCAACUUCAUCUCGGCCAACCUUAGCGGCGCCUCGCUCGCGGACUUCACCGGCUCCGACCUCACGCGAGCCGACUUUGGAGGCGCGAGGAUGAAAGGCGUGACGCUCAAGUUCGUCGUGAAGGGCGUCGGCGCCAUCUUUGACAAGGCGGACCUCCGCGGCGCGCAGAUCACAGACUCCUUCCUCACGCACUCGUCUUGGGCGAUGGAGGACAUGCGGCUGAUGGGGUCGUCGUUCGUGGGCACCGACAUGAGCGGCACCAAGCUGGUCGACGCGAGGAUGCAAAACUCGACCAUCACUCACACGUCCUUUGUCGGGGCAAACCUGGCCGGCCCGUGCGACCUCUCUGGCGCCGCCAUCCACAACAGCUCCUUCCGCGGGGCCUUCCUCUCGGGGGUACGCCUCAUCGGCGUCAGUGCGCAAGGUGUGGACUUUGGCAGCGCCUACCUCGGCCUCGCGGACCUGAAGUACGCCGAGCUGCAGAACACGACCUUUCGUGCCGCCACCGUCACCGACGCGAGAUUCGACCACGCAAACGUGUCGGGCGCCGAUUUUACGGACUCGGUCGGCUUGGAGAAGGCGUGGUUCGGGAAGGUCGUCGGCUCGCCAAGGCUUGGGGGGUAUUCGGUGGUCAUAGGACCCGGUCCCAAAUGGUCUGUCUCGAAGAUGACCGCCCUUGUCGGCGCGACGCCGACGGCGAUCCCGAUCGCCGGCUGACUUGGCUAGGCUGACUUGGCUAGGCUGACUUGGUACUUAAUCAAGUCACAUGAAGUAGAUGGACCAAGGCGCCAGAGUGGGGGGCCGUCGCUCGGUGCGUGACGGGGCGCGCGAGCAAUGACCAAUGUCCAAUGUGAAAAGAGGAAAAUCCAAAAA